AUGGCGCAUGAGUCCCCAGUCAUUAUAAUCGGAGGUGGCUUAGCCGGGCUGGUCGCUGCAUAUGAGCUCUCUAAACGAGAGGUGCGCACUAUCAUCGUCGACCAAGAAAACGAGGCAAGCCUAGGUGGACAAGCGUUCUGGUCGCUCGGUGGGCUUUUCUGCGUGAACUCAGCCGAGCAACGCCGAGCUGGGAUCAAGGACAGCCGCGAACUAGCGCUACAAGAUUGGUUCGGAACUGCCCGAUUCGAUCGCGAAUGCGAUUACUGGCCGAGAAAAUGGGCGGAGGCUUUUGUCGACUUCGCAACAGAACACCUUGAGGACUACGUCAAAGCACUGGGAUUGGAGUUUCUUAGCGUAGGGUGGGCCGAGCGAGGAGACGGAAAUGCUGCAGGGCAUGGCAAUUCUGUUCCAAGAUUCCAUCUCACAUGGGGAACUGGCCCAGCUGUGACCCAACUUUUCGAGAAGCCAGUUCGAGAAGCUGAGAAAAAGAAACUUAUCGAGUUCAAGUUCCGACAUCAAGUUGAUUCUUUGCUGGUGGAUGAGAAUUCUGGCGCUGCUAUCGGCAUCCGUGGGAAAAUCCUCGAGCCAUCUGAAACGGCUCGUGGUGUGGCAAGCAGCCGCAAGAGUAUCGAUACGUUUGAGCUUCAUGGAUCAUCUAUUUUAAUCAGCAGUGGUGGAAUUGGCGGUGACAUCGAGUUGGUAAAGAAGAAUUGGCCUGUUGAUCGCCUCGGUCAGCCACCAUCAAAGGUCGUUGUUGGCGUUCCUGCUCACGUCGAUGGCCGUAUGAUCGGUAUCGCUCGAGAAGCCGGAGCUGAUGUCAUCAAUGAGGAUCGGAUGUGGCACUACACCGAGGGUCUUGAAAACUGGAAUCCUAUUUGGCCUAAUCAUGGUAUCAGAAUUCUCCCCGGCCCUUCCUCUCUAUGGCUUGAUGCCUUGGGAAACAGACUGCCGCCUAUGCUUUAUCCCGGGAGUGAUACACUGGCGACGCUGAAGCACAUUUGUGGUACUGGAUACGACUACUCUUGGUUUGUCCUGGACCGUUCAAUAAUUUGCAAGGAGUUUGCACUCUCUGGCUCUGAGCAGAACCCCGACAUUACCGGAAAGAGCAUUCUAGGAGCGCUCCAACGCGUUUUGGGCUGGUCACCCCCUGGGCCGGUACAAGCAUUCAUGGAUAAAGGCUCCGACUUCAUACUGGAAGCAACACUACCCGGACUCGUCGAUCGUAUGAAUAAACUGGCUGAAGAGCGCAACGGACCUAUCAUUGAAUUAGAGAAACUGGAGAGUGAAAUCCGAACUCGGGAUAUUCAACUCGACAACGAGUACACCAAGGAUGCCCAAAUUAUGCUGAUCAAGAACGCAUUGAGCUACUGGCCAGAGAAAUGGACCAGGGUGGCAAAGCUCCACAAGCUGACUGAUCCAGGAUAUGGCCCCUUUAUUGCAGUCCGACUGAACAUUUUGACCCGAAAAAGUUUAGGAGGCAUUCAUACCAACUUAGAAGGAAAUGUCCUUCGCCCGGACGGAAGCCCGUUCCCGGGGCUUUAUGCUGCAGGUGAAGCAGCUGGAUUUGGGGGAGGGGGCGUUCAUGGAUACAGUGCUCUUGAGGGUACUUUCUUAGGGGGUUGUAUAUUUUCAGGAAGAGCAGCAGGUAUCAGCAUGGCAGAGAAGGUGAAGGAGUUAGCUGCAUGA